AUGCCGAGAUCAGGUACCACUUGGAUGGAAGCGAUCGUAUACAGUACGCUUCAAAAAGGUCGCGCCUUUGAUGAUGACUUCGACGACUUCUUAGCGCGCACUCCUUUUCUGGAGCAACAUGGUAGUCAAGGUAUUGAGACAAUGCGUCAACCGGGUUCCAUCAAAACACAUUUGCCUCUCAAUAUCAUUCCUCAACAUCCGCAGGCUAAAUAUAUUUAUGUUGUACGCAAUCCUAAGGAUAUGUGCACCUCUUUCUAUCGAUUCGUUAGAACAAUACCUGGUGUGGCACACAGCGAUGAUCCGUUCGAUACUUAUUUCGACUUGUUUCUCGGUGGUCAAGUGACUUAUGGAGAUUAUUUUGAUCAUUUAUUGCAAGCUUGGUCACGCAAGAAUGAACCUAAUAUUCUUUUCGUUGUAUACGAAGAUAUAAAGAAAGAUAUUCGAUCGGUGAUUCGUCGCGUGGCUACUUUUCUGGACGUCGAACUGAGCGACGAGUUAAUUGAACGCAUUGCUUUAGUCACGAGUUUUGAUUAUAUGAAAAAUGCUAAAUAUAACGAACGUCUUAGUGAGAAAAAUCAUGGACACAUCCUUCAACCGCGCGCGGUUGUACGUAAAGGUGAAAUUGGCGAUUGGCGUACACUCAUGUCGGAGGAACAAAGUCGUCGCUUGGACGCGCGCUUUAAAGAGGCUACUCAUGGUAAUCAAGAACUCAGCACACUCUGGGAUGAAUAUAACAUAUUUGAAGACAAAUGA